AUGCCUUAUAACAUUUAUGAUUAAUAACUAAGAUAAUAAGACCGACUGUUAGCCAAGUUCUAAGAACUUUUUAGCAAGCCAUCACAUUAAACUCGUUUGCACAAAAGUGAAGCCCUUCUCAUAGCAACUUUAUUUCUCCUUGAAGGAUUGGCACAAACAACAUUAAUGCUGAAUACUUCACUUGUACUGAUAUAUUUGCUAAACAUCAUUUACUCAUCAAAUCCUUAAUAAUUGCAAAUCUUCACUCUAAAAUGGUUUUUAUUAAGUAAAAUUCUAACAUCUAGAUUAAUUUGGGCAUUAGUGUCAGAAAUUAGUAUUGAAUAGUUGCGGCUAGAUUUUGUUUUGUUUUGUUUUGAGCUGCUCAUUAUAGUCAUCAAAUUUAGGAUUUCUAACAAUAAAAUAGCCAUAUUGGCAGGCACUCUGACAUUGUAUAUAGGAUUACUACUAAUAUUGACAUAGAAAUGCGAUGAUAUUGUAAUACUCAGUUGGAUUGGAAGUUUAUAUGCAAUGUGGGUAAUCUUCAAUAACCAACUGUAAAUUUAAGAAGAAUAUGAUAGGAAGAUUAAGGAAUUUGAUGGAGAAGCUACAAAAUUAAAGAAAGAAACAGAGAUGUCAUUUAAAACCAUAAUAAUUGAAGAUUAAUAAUAAUCUCGUUAAGAAGAAUUAUUAAAAAAAUUGCGAUUAUUAAAAUAUUAGAAAUUAUUAGACAAAACUGAGCACAUCUAUUUAGAAGAGAAGCUCUUACAGAAAUAAUUGAGUAAUCCCUCCAGAGUCUUAACUGUACGCAAUUUGCCUGACGAUGACGAUAAGAGUUCCAUCUAAGAAAUUGAAGAAACUUCUAGUAAGAAAUCACCAAGCAGAAGACCUUUAAGAUUGAAUUCCAUUAAUGAAUCGUUAUCCUUUGCUCACACUGUUGGUCAUAGCAUGAAUAGGGAUGAAAUUAAAGAGGAUGACGACAACUUUCUAUCUUUGGAUGACCUAAAUGAUUUAUUAAAAAUAGUGAGUGGCAGAAAAGAACAUUUGUGGUUACCCUCAUAUCUGAGAAGCACUAAGAAUAUUGAUUCCAGAGGGUCUGAAUCUUUUUCACCUGAGGCCAAGAAGUAAAUUUAAUUUAUAUUAUAGUUUCAUACUUAAUCAUUUUACAGAGCAUGAAUUUAAUUUUUAAUUAUUAUAAGGUGAAACCAAUAUUCAAGAGCAUCAAUAUUUCAUAGAUUCCAAUCAUAAUCAAAUGAAAGAGUGCUUAAAUAACUUUAAUUUUGAUUUCUUUGAAGUAAAUGACCAAAAUAAAUUUAUUAGUUUUAGUUCCUUCAUCUUUCAAAAAUACAAGUAAUCAAUCUUAACUAUAUGUUAGCAUCAAUUAGGUACUCAAAAUUAAGGAGAAGUCUGUUCAAAUUGAGUUUUGUCACAGAAUUGAAUCAUUUUACAUGCAAAACCCUUAUCACAAUUCUAUUCAUGCAAUGGAUGUGGCUAACUCAGCAUCCUUCUUUUUAGAGAAUGGUCUGGAUGUCACUCCCUUUGAAUAAUGUUGCUUGAUUAUAUCUGCACUAUCGCAUGAUGUGGGACAUCCUGGAUUAAAUAACGGCUUUUUGGUUGCUUCUCAAUCCAAAUAAGCAUUAAUAUGUAAAGAUGAAACCAUUAAGUAGAUAAUGAUCAAAGUGUAUUAGAGAGUUAUCAUGCUUCUUUGAUGUUUCAUGUAUUGAAAGAUGAAAAGGCAAAUAUCCUUAAAAACAUCAAUGAUGUUGAUUAUAAAGGAUUUAGAAAGUACUGUUUAAAUCUAAUAUUGGACACUGAUCUACAAAAGCAUUUUCCAUUAUUAAAUAAAUUCAAGAACUUUUUAGCUUUAGGUUCAGAUAGCCAAUCUGAUGAGCAAACGAAGUUACUCAUACUCUCCAUAGCAAUUAAAUGUGCAGGUAAGAUGAAAAUUAAUGUAUAGAUGUUGGACAUGGAGCAAAAUAGUUGAAUUUGCAUAAGAUUUGGAGUCGUAGGAUAAUUGAGGAAUUCUUCUUGUAAGGAGAUUUGGAGGCUUAGGUUGGUAUUCAGGUGACACCUAUGUGUGACAGGAGCCAAAGUGUGACAAAGUCCCAGGAAGGCUUUUUAAAAGCUAUUGUGUGGCCUUUAUUCGAUGCCUUUGGGGAAUUCUUGAAACAGUAUGAAGAUAAUAUUUGAUUCUUUUUAGUGAGAAUUUUAGAUAGACUUGUUUAGAUUAGAUAAGUGUGAAUAUCUAAUAUUGGCAGUAGCAGUAAUAGGAGGAGGAGAACAAGGGAAAAGGAUACAAGUGUUCGUUCUUUUAAGAUACUAAUAUCAUUAGCAUCCCAGUAUAGAAUAAAAAUAUGAUGUUCAAUUUAAAUUGGUGA